AUGAGUGCCUCCGGACAGAGUGCACCGAUCGUGAACGAGCUCCUCGCCUUUCUGCAACAGAAGCUGCUGCUGGAAGGAGUGAUGGACACGGUGUCUGCUGUCCAGAUCUGUUCGUCGAGUUUUUCCGUCGAAGAUAUCUGUGCAGCAAAGAAGGUGCUGCACGAGUCCCUCGGGAUCGCCGGCACGUAUGUACCUCACCGGAGAGGAGAUGAAACCGGGAAGAAGACCCUCGAGAACAUCAUAAACGUUCUAAGGGAGAAUGAAGAUCGGAUUCCAGAGUUUACGACGACGGGCGCCUCCAGCCUGCCGUCCUAUAUUCCGGAUCAUGUCGACGUUAGCUGCUUGUUGAAGGAAAUCGUGGCCCUAAAAACAAGUCUAGCAGAUGUCAUUUCGAAGUUUGAUGCAGCCCAGGUCACUAUAACCGAGUUACGCAACGAAGUCAUCAGUUUGCGAAACAGUGCCCUUACUCGGUCGGCGGCGUCGAAUUUCAAGUGCGAUGACCGGCAAGCCACGAGCGCCGAGUCGGUCAGUUUGCGAGUUGCUGACACUGUAAAAUGUGUCGCAUCAGCUGUGUUGCCGCCCGCGAUCCUCCCGCGCGCGCGCCCUCCCCCCGCCUCCUCCAAAUCACGUCAUCGUGUUUACGCGGAUGUCGUCGCCGGUCCGAAAGUCGCACCGAACCGGGUUAGUGUACCUGUAAAGGGUACUGAAGAUCGAGCGGCUCCCAAGGAGAAGCUCCCUGUUACCAGUGUGGAUGAGGAGGAUUUCACAGUGGUAUCAAGAAAGAAGAAGGCGCGCACGGCGCCUCGUAAGACUCAGUGUGGUACCGCCGAACCAGCUAAUUCUGGCUUGCGGAUUGCUACACCGAGUAAGGCGCUGUACGUAUCGCGCCUGCAUUACACCGCCACGGCUGCUGAAGUGGUGGAGUAUUCUUAUCUAUUCGCAAAUAACCAAUUACCUCAACUAACUCAGUUAUCUCCGGUCCCAGUAUGCCUCAUGGAUUUACUGAAGGCCGUUGUUCUCAUCUCUUUUUUGAGAGAAUGUCAACCGUUCAAAAGAUACCCUCAAAUUUCGGAGUUCGUGAAAAAUGAUGCGUUUUUGGAGCCGCCGCUAGAUCCAAAAUUAAAGGGUUGGGUUCCAUUGGUAAAGAGUGAUGACCAUACAUACGAUGAUUACUAUAAUAAUGACUACAAUAAACAUAGUAAACCACCACCACCACAGGAACUGGAAGGGGGCGAUAAUAUCCGUGAUUUAUAUUCGACAUUAAAUGAAUUGGAUAAGUGGGUUGAAUUUCGGAGAGAAAGCUCAGUGUUGCGGCAAAAAUACGCGGAUAGUCCUAAAGAUGAGUACCAUAAGGAACUUCUGAAAAAUGAUUUAAAUGAAUGGGCCAGGCAAUUGAAGAACCAGCACGCCCGUGAGGUGUGGGAACAAGAACAAAGGUCUAUGCCAAGAAAGCCGGCGCUGCCUAGUAUUGGGUUUUCACCAUAUUGGAAUCCUGAAGUACUGCGGGUUAAUCUGCAGAUGCAGGAAGAUAUUGACAGUCAAUUUACAACAACGAAAAGACCAAGAUUUGAUUUACAGCAACAGCGAAUGAUAUCAGGCCCUCAAAUGAUGGAAAUGGCAAUACAAAAAAUGGAGAACGCAGCAAUGGCGAAGGCUGUGAGAAAUGUUACGUUACCACCAACGGAAACUAAAAACACACAUAGAAGAUCGAUAUAUGGAAGACGUCAAAAUGUCGCUCAAGAGCCCCCUGCGCGAGCUAGAAUACCGUGGAGUCCACCGAAAUCACAGCCCGUAUUGGGUCCACGCCCUGGGAUGGCAAGUUAUUAUUCAAAACAUAGCCUCGUGGCGGCUAAUAUACCACCGACACCAGAGGAGCUUGAAAACGGAGUACUAGGACCCUCGCCACCGUCCCCAGAAAACGCAGAUGUCGGCGAACCACCGAGACCACCUGAGACCCCUGAUGGACCACAGGGACCUGGACCUUACGGACCUCCCGAAGCACCAGGACAAAGAGCACGCGCAGGGUCGCCAUAUGGACCCUAUGGACCUCCGGGACCUUCUAUAGCUGGUCGACAAGAAGCACGCGCAGGGUCGCCAUACGGCCCAUCUGGACCUUAUUAUGGACCACCCGAACCAGCUGUCCCGCCAGAGGAACAUGGACCCUAUGGUGGACUAGGUCUAGGUGGGGAUCCGCCAGGCGGACCAGCUUUUCUACCGGAGGAACAAGGACCAUAUGGACCUUUUGGAGCCCCAGGUAGACAAUUAGCUGGCGACAUGUACGGAGGCGCUAUGCGGUCUGGGCAACAUCCACCUGUUGCACGAAAUGGACUACCAAGGCAAUAUAAUUUUGGUGGACCGAUGGAUCUUGGGCAAUAUGGACCAGAACUCGGACAAAAUGGACCUGGGCAAUUUGGGUCUCAUGAUUAUGGACCGCCUGGACAAUAUGGUUCGGGGUCACCACCAGGAGCACAAUAUGAACCUUCUGGACUUGCAAGUGGAGCGCAUUUUGGACUUCGAGGGUCAAAAGGCCCUCCAGGAGGCCAGUAUGGACCGCCACGUCAUUCACAAUAUCAACCACCUUCUAAACUACGUUACAUAGGAUCGGCAGGCCCACCUCCAGAUAAAUGGAACUGGGAUGUUUCACGACAACAGCCAAAUGGGGGCCCAGAGUCUGCGAGAGACCUAUUACGAGAACAAAAGCCCCGUGGUCCAUUUCAUGACCUGCCUCAAGUGGAUGACUUUGGUGAGCCGAUUCAAUGGGUUGCUUUGACUGCGGCUAACACAGAGGACGGUCUUGCAAGAGUCACUGACAGGAAAACUGGAAGAAACGUGCAGACUAGAAUAAAUGGCACAGUUUACGUUCCCGUUAGUUACCGCCCAACUACAACGACUGAACCCACGACCACCACAACCGAAAUCACCACAACUCCGGACCCGGUCAUGGAAUCACUGCUCCAGUUCGUCACUCCUCGGAACUUGAAGCCGGAAGACUGGCUGGCUUUCGAUGUGAGCUUGAAUAAGAAGAAGGCGCCUCAGACGUGUGACUCGGACGGAUGUCAAGCAAGGUGCCAUAAAAAUGAUUGUGAAACAGCGUGCCGCGGCGACACUUGCGCAAGCGGGUGUAUAGGGUCAUCUUGCAAAGCAAUGUGUGAAGGCCCAGGGUGUUUAACUAUGUGCAUCGGGGACAACUGUAAUACCCAGUGUAAAGGUCAUUCAUGUGAUGCUCGGUGCAUCGGCAAAGAGUGCAAAGCAUAUUGUGGCAGCGUCUCAUGCCGUUACACCAUAAAUGGCGAAGUGAAAAGUGGCAUGGUCCAGCAAGUCCGGAACCAGCAGCAUCAGCCGAGACCUAUCGCCAGGACUAGUGUGGAAGACGACGAACUUGGACUCGAAUCUAGUGAACGGAUAGCCCAAGGAUUGAAUAAAUAG